AUGCGCGUCUCGGGAGUCAAUGUUUGUUGUCCUGAUGAUGACUCUGAGAUAUGCAUACCAUGUACAAAAACGGACGAUAAGAUAAGAUCGCUGCAAGUCUCUUUCCAACUCCACUUCAAAAAGACUCCACUCAUGGCUGGCUCGAAGAAAAACAAGGCAAAAAAGGUCUUUUCGCGACAACCAACCCCUCCACCCAUCAUGAAUCAGGAUGCUGAUGAGCUAAUGAAUGACCUCUUGGCGCAAUUGGACUCAAGGGACGAGACUGUCCAGGCAGAAUCUGCGCAAGUGCUCAAUGACAUGAAUCUUAAUGAACAGGCCAACGCAAUAGAGAAAGGCAAGAAGCAAGAUGCGAAGAGUCGUUUCCAAGCUCGACAGGCAAGAAAGGCGGCCACACUUGCCCAAUCCUUUUCACCAGACGAUCCGGAACACCAAGCCAGACUCGAGAAAGAAGCGAAAGACGAGGAUGACGCCAUCAAGAACGUGUGUAGAAACUUGAAUCUAGAAGUCUUUGAGAUUAAUCCAGAUGGACACUGUCUAUACUCUGCUAUAGCAGACCAAUUGGUACUUCUAGGACUGGCCUCCCCGGCGCAAAUGAAUUAUGCGGCGAUUCGUAAUUUCGCUGCCAACUACAUCCGCUCUCAUCCUGAUGACUUCCUUCCUUUCUUACCUUCCACUGGAGGGGAGGAUAGUGAAGGGGCGCUUGAUGCUGGCCUCAUGAACCCAUUGCAAUUCGAUAGCUACUGCAAAAUGGUCAGAGACACGGCGACAUGGGGAGGCGAACCUGAGGUCGUUGCUUUGAGUCGUGCAUUCAACAUACCAAUACACGUCGUCCAGGGUGGCAAUCCCUCAAUAGUCAAGCAUUACCCAAGGGAAGGAGACGCAGGAGAUCCAAAUGGCCCUACUGUCUGGAUUAGCUAUCACCGAAAGCUUUAUGGCCUUGGAGAGCAUUACAAUUCAUUGCGUCCGGGACCAAGACGCAUUCCGGUCACCUAA